GACAUUAUUUUGCAGAAGAACCAUGCUCAUAUGAGAAAAAUGUGCCUGAAGACCUACCGAAGGCAUCAAUUAGCUAUCUUUUCGUAUCAAACAACCACUUUCAUGAUUAAAAUUAUCUUGAACUGUACGAAUUGGUUCUUAUCAUAUUAAUCCUAUAACAAAGGAUUUUAGCAAGUCUAGUGCCACUCACAUUCACCACAUGUAUUUUGCAUGAAACCUCGCCUGGUUGACUUGAAAUUGGCACGGAUUAAAUUCGAAAUGUUGCGAGCAGCGGGAUUAAGAGUUCGUCAAUCCAGCUUUGCAAGCUUAGCUGAGUUUCCAUGGCAACCCAACAUUGUGCGUUGUUAUAGUGCUCCAGCAUCACAGAAUCCUGAGAUUCCAGUCAUCAAGAUCAACAAUAAUCUCUCACUCCAAAAAGCAACGAGCAGUAGCAGAACACCCUCCAAAGACCGCCCUCUAGUGUUACUGCUGAGUUGGUUAGCUGCUAAACAACGUCAUCUGGACAACUUUGCUGCUUUCUAUCUAAAUCGAGGCUGUGAUGUCCUAACUGUGAAACUGCGACCCAUGCAGCUUUUGCUGCCAACUGUUGGAACACAAGUCAUCGCUCGUGAUGUGGUCAACUUUCUUCAGAGCAAGGAUCAACGUGAUCGUAAGAUCCUAGUUCAUGGGUUUUCUGUGGGAGGCUACCUGUAUGGUGAGAUUCUACAGCGCAUGUUGGCAUCACAGACAGAAUCUAAAGAAAUAACAAGUCGCAUCAUCGGUCAGAUUUAUGAUAGUCCUGUUGACUUACAGAACAUCCCUGUUGGAAUGUCAAAGGCUCUUGCUAAGAAUCGUCUGGUUCAGAAGAGCAUGCAGGGUAGCUUGGAAGUUUACCUUCGAAUCAUGCAUUCCGCUGCCACUAAGCAUUAUCAUAAGAGCUCUCACACCUUCUAUCACAACCCAGUCUCCGCCCCAGCUCUGUUCUUCUAUUCACACACUGAUCCUGUCGGUACAGCUGAGGCCAACGAGCGAGCCAUCUCCACUCUGAAGACCGUCAUGGGCUAUGACAACAUCUACAGCAAAGCAUUUGAAGACUCACCUCACGUCAGUCAUAUGUAUAAGCAUCGCGAUGAGUACAUGGGCACUCUAAAAGCUUUCCUAACCAAAAUUGACUACUUCAGAGAUACUGUCGAUGAGGUCCAAGAAUUGGCAGAUUUUGGUGGAGCGGAAGAGAAAACGGAUGAAAAAUAAAGGAUAAAAGAUGACUGAAUAUAAACUCAUGAAAUGAUUGACAGGCAUGUUUGCCACUGAAAGGAUGUCUAAACCCAAUCCUUACAUAGUGAGACAGGAGAAAUUUUUAGCUGGAACGUUCAAAGGGGAUCAAUUUUAGGCCCAACAUCAAGCAUACAUGUGGAUCACUCUCAGGCCCAACAUCAAGCAUACAUGUGGAUCACUCUCAGGCCCAACAUCAAGCAUACAUGUGGAUCACUCUCAGACCCAACAUCAAGCAUACAUGUGGGUGGUAAAUGAAGACAAGUCAUAUUUAUCGACAAUAUUCCCCUGCAAACAAAUUGUUAGAAAACUUGACUAUUAACCAAGAAACUGUUAGGCUUCUUCAAAUGAAGGGUUAAUAUUGAAUCUUGUUUAAAUUGAUAUGCAGAAUCUGUUGGGACAUCCGUUUGAGGCAAUCAUUCACAUUGUAUUGUGACCUUCAGUAAGUUAUUCUGAUUGUUCAAAUACCGUCUCCUUGCUUAAAUAUAAUCGUAAUAUGAUAUGUGUAAGAAGCGAAGGUAAGGGCAACUCUGUUUUACUUGGUAUUCAUGAAAAAUCAUCCUGAAAUAGGUUUGUUGCAUUUGCACUAAUUAUGAAGACAUUUCUUGCCACAAAAAUAAUUAUUAGUGAGAUAAGACAUUUGAGAACGUAAUCGGUAGAAGAGAAUUGUAAUUUUUACCAGAGCUUGUGCUGAUGAAAGAAAACUUAAGUAUUACCAAAUGAUUUGAUGAGUAAAGUUUAACAUAUAUGUGUGUGUGUACACGUGCAAAACAAUAUGUACUUCAACACAAUUAAAAUGUUUGUAAGGUUGAUGUGCAAAUUUGUAAAUUAAAUGUAAGCUCUUCAGUGUUACGGAGAAUUUACGUUCCCUUUUGGCUAUUAUUUUAUGCAGAAAGUCAGUACAUGUAUAUGAGAAAGUGAUUCCAAAAUUGCUUUCUAAUGACUUGGCUUUAUCUUUAAAUGCUCAAUACUGUCAAGCGAUGUUCUUUUGAAACUUUAGUUGAGAAUGGAAAGAAUUGUCUUCCAGUAUUUGGAAAUUUGGGAGACUUUCUCAACGUGUUCACUAUUAAAUUUUAUUUGCCAGCUGGUUUAAAGUUUAAAAAAUUUCCUUUGUCUUAUUGAAAACUACUCAACAUGAAAUUUAAAUAAAUUGAUGGCUUAGCUCUCUUUGUGCAGUCGUGUAAAAUGUGAAAUGAAAAGGUUGUGUUUCAUAGACUCCACUGUACAUUAUGCAGAUUGGCUCUUCUGUAAUGUUAAAACCCUGUUUUUCCUGUAAAAUCUGUGGAUCCUUGUCGCAACACAGGCUGAUUGCUGACGGUAGUUGAAAGGAAUUGACUUAAUUUUUGUAGAUGAGUUUUAAAGAACAUGUACAUGUAUAUAUGAAAUAAUCCCACAUCUGGAGUUUUCUGAGUUUUUAAUGAGUUUGGACAUCCAACUGAAGAUGCCAGUAAGCAUUACUAUGAUGGGGUGGAUGAAUUUGGAAAGUUGGGUACCCAAAGUUCAGCGUCCACAUUUUGUCAGGUACAUGUACUUACUCUAGUUGAACUGCAGCCAUACUCUCCUGGUGUUUCCAUAAUGACAUUGUAUUUGUCUUGAAAUUUCAGAAAUUUUUCAAGUUACUAGGAUUUGGAUUUUAGUCAGACAUUAAUCCGUUCAGGUACUGAAACUGGCAGAUUUCAUAAAGUAUUCAUAAGACUGUGGCCAGCACACUUGAAGAGAUCUGUGGUUCGAAGGUGAUGAAAAACAAAAAACGAGGGACUGAAAAAUUUAAUUCACACGUUGACCUGGAUGGAGUCUAAUUUUUGUCAAAGGGCUGAAAUGGCAACGGAAAUGAAAGCUCAUUACAUCAAAGAGAAAGGUUUCAAACAACAGCUAAAAUUUGAGGCUUUGUUGGUUAAAAAAUAAAUAUAGACCUAUGCUUGAAAUUUAGUGCCAGUAUUGUGUGCAAGUGAUAAGAUGUGAAAAUAAUAUAUCUUGCUGUAUUUAAUAAUUGAAAAA